GGCACAAGGGUCUCGGGUAAAAUUGUUCAUUGUAACAUUAUGGCGGAGUUAUUAACGUUGGAGAAUUUUAUCAAUGGUGAAUUUCUACCUUGCACUCAGCUUAUAGAUAGUUACGAACCAUCGACUGGUAAACCAUACGUUAGAGUCCCUGACAGUGAUAAAACAGAAGUUGAUGCGGCAGUGAAGGCUGCCAAAAAUGCUUUUCCGAUUUGGUCAAAAACACCUGUUAAAGAAAGAGCAAACUUGAUGAUGAAAAUAGCGGACAUUGUUGAAUCACGACUUCAGCAAUUUGCUGAAGCAGAGUCAAAAGAUCAAGGCAAACCAAUUUGGCUAGCAGCUCUUGUUGAUAUACCACGAGUAGUUUUGAACAUGAGAUCCUUUGCUAUAGCUAUCCAAACUGACGUUAACAGAUCUACUGUUCUUCAUGAACAAGGUGCUGUUAAUUACACAACCAGUAACCCUGUUGGUGUUGCUGGGCUUAUUUCACCGUGGAAUCUUCCUUUAUACUUACUAACUUUUAAAAUUGCUCCUGCAAUUGCAAGUGGCAACACAGUUGUUUGUAAGCCUAGUGAAAUGACAUCAGUUACAGCAUGGAUGUUUGCUAAAGUUCUUAAUGAAGCAGGUCUACCCCCGGGUGUGGUCAAUAUUGUGUUUGGGUUGGGUCCAAAAUGUGGAGCAGCACUGGUCCAGCAUCCAGACGUUCCUAUUGUCUCUUUUACUGGUUCAACUGCUACAGGACAAUAUAUCAUUGAGAAUAGUGCUCCAUACUUUAAGAAACUUUCUUUGGAGCUAGGUGGGAAAAAUGCUGCCAUUGUAUUUGAUGAUUGUGAUCUUGCUAAAGUUAUACCUGGUUGUAUAAGAUCUGGAUUCGCAAAUCAAGGAGAGGUUUGCUUAUCAACCAGUAGAAUUUUUGUUCAAAGAUCAAUAUAUGAAACUUUCUUGGAAAAAUUUGUCACGGCAACCAAAAAUCUGAAAGUUGGAAAUCCAAGUGAUAAAGACACAAAAAUUGGAGCACUUAUUAGCAAAGAACAUCUUUCCAAGGUAUUGAACUAUGUGAAGAUUGCGUGUAAAGAAGGUGGUAUAAUUAAAUGUGGUCAUGGAAAGGAUUUGAUGGAUUUGCCUGAAGAGAACAAAAAUGGUUAUUUUAUGUUGCCAACAGUUAUAACAGGUUUAAAGGACGAGAGCACUUGCAUGCAAGAGGAAAUAUUUGGUAAGAUAGUUUUUAAUAUUUAUUACUGGAUCAACUCUCCAGUCACCAAAUUCUUAGUGUCAUAUUUGGUUUUAUAUUUCACGUCAGGUCCUGUUGUUUGUGUGUCACCAUUUGAAACAGAAGAAGAAGUCAUUGUUCGCGCUAACAAUGUUAAAUAUGGUCUUUGUGCUUCAAUUUGGUCAGAAAACGUAGGGAGACAUCAUAGAAUAGCACAACAACUUGAGGUUGGUACAGUUUGGUGUAACUCGUGGCUUCUUCGCGACUUAAAAAUGCCGUUUGGUGGAGUCAAGGCGUCCGGUUUGGGAAGGGAAGGGAUUUUUGAGUCACUAGAAUUUUAUACAAACACUAAAACUGUUUGUGUCAAAUAUUAGAUAAAAUGCUGCUUGCUUUAAAAGAGGUUUUUUGAAACCGUGGUUAGUUGAUAACGUUUAUCUAAAUAAACUAAUUAAUGAAACUCA